AUGUCGAAACAACAGGAAACGGAGCGCACGAUGCAGUUCCAGGAAGGACUGCCACCACUGCCACUUCCCUCACUUGAGCAGACACUGGAGCGAUAUGUUAAGAGCUGUGAGCCACUUUUAACUGCUAGUGAGCUGGACCAUACGAAGGCUGUUUGUCACGACUUUCUGCGAGGCGUGGGUCCUCAACUGCAAGCAAUUUUACAAGAGCGUGCGGAUGCGGAGCGCAACUGGAUUGAAGAAUGGUGGGAGACAUUUGCAUACAUGCAGCCGCGAUAUCCAUCUGCUAUCAAUAUCAAUUGGUAUGGCGUGUUACCCGGUAAUUGGGGGUCUCGAGACAUGAGUCAAUGUGAAGCCGCCUCCAUCUUCACGUAUGCAAUUCUCAAAUUUCGCAAAAAUCUACUUGAUGAGAAAUACCCACCUGAAAAGAUGUUGGGAAGGCCGUUGUGUAUGUACACAUAUUCACGUAUGUUUAACACAUGUGUCAUUCCUGGCGAAGAUUGUGACGAAAUGGUCUCGUACCCACACGAUGCCAAACACAUAAUAGUGCUAAGGAACAACUGCAUGUGGGCAGUGCAAGUAUUCACUAGCGCUGGGGAUGACGUCUCGCUCGCAGAUAUUUUGAGACAAUUUGAGCUCGUUAGAGAAGAAGCCACGGGUCUGUUUGACUUGGAGCGCUAUCCACCGGUUAGCGUCUUAACAUCGGAGAAUCGCACCAAUUGGGCCAAGGCCCGGGCCCAUAUCAUAUCAUUGGACGACAUCAAUAGGCAAUCAUUCGACUUGAUCGAGCGUGCGCUCUUCUGUGUUGCGCUGGAUGAGAGCUCUGCUUCGACGUACGAUGAAAUCGCACGUAAUUGCUUGCUUGGGGACGGACGAAAUCGUUGGUACGACAAGCCGUUUACACUUAUCAUUCAUGAAAACGCUCGUGGUGGUGUAAAUGGCCAACAUGCCUGGGCAGAUGCGCUGGUAGUGGUUCGUUUAUUUGAUUAUUGCAUCAAGUACGUAAAUGAAAAUUUUAAGGCUAAGUUCGCCGAUCGCACUAAGUUAAAGCCUACGCUUAAUCUCAAGCCAAAACGACUGGAAUGGGUCUUAGACAAUGCCGCCUACACUACCAUCGAGUGUGCCAGCGCAGCAGUUGGAAAGCUGAUUUUAAACAGCGAUAUUGUGACGUUGCAGUUCAACCACUAUGGCACGGCUUUCUUGAAGCGGUACAAGCUGACGCCCGACUUUUUCAUGCAAAUGGCAAUACAAUUGGCGCAUUAUAAGAUGCACAAAAGAGUUCCUGCAGUUUACGAAACGGCGCACACGCGAAUGUUCUACCAUGGACGGACGGAAACAAUCCGGUCGUUGACGAACGAGUCACUUGCUUUUGUGAAAGCGAUGGAGUCGAGCGUGUCGAAUGGAGUUAAGUGGGAUGCAUUGCGAACCGCUAUCGAGGCUCAUAAGGAGAUAUUGAAGAACAGUUUAACUGGAGAAGGAAUAGACCGCCACUUGAUGGGUCUGCAGAUCGUAGCUGAAAUGUCGGGUAUCACGCCGAAGCCUUCACUUUUCACUGACCGAGCUUUUGAAAUCAGCAAAAAGUUUUUAAUCUCCACGAGCAACAUCAGCGGCGGUCCUGGUGCCAGCCCCAUCUGGGGCGGAUUCUCUGCAAUGUAUAAUGAAGGCUAUGGUGUGUGCUACGCACUGCAGCCGGACCGAAUUAAUGUGAGCAUUACGUGCUACCACGUGGACCCAGAGACAGAUGCUGCAAUUUUCAAGCGGUCUUUGGAGACUGCACUGCUGGAAAUGGUUGAUCUCUGCCUUACACGUAACGUCAUUUACGGCGGCUUUUCGAAGAUUUAA